CUCUCUUCGCAUUUCGUUACCAUUUCUAUUGAGAUUAGGACCAGUGACGCGGAUACCCUAACUCAGUGCUUACAAAUGACAGAGACAUUCGUUUAGCCAGUUAGUUUACUUGCAGAGCUCGCUGAGAGCAUCAGAAUUUGUAAGAAUGGGAUCGACGCAAUGGUGGAUAGUUUUAACGUUGGUGGUAGUUGCAGCAGCCACAAGCAUCAACAGAUUCGACCAGGACGAGUUUGAACCGGAUGACGAGUUCGAUGGCUUCGAUGAAUACGACCAGCUUGAAAGCAAUAACCUGACUGAAACUGGUGGGAGAAAAGGAAAAAUAUUGUUCCCGUUUGUCAGCAUCGUGCGGUUCGCGAACACGGAGUGCUCGACUACCAACUCCAUGAACGGCACGUGUCUGGCGCGCAGGGAAUGCAACAAUCUUAACGGUACCAUCACGGGCACAUGCGCUACACGCCGAGGACGCUGCUGCGUCGUGUCUCGGACAUGCGGUACCACGACAAACGUGAACAACACUUACUUCACAAGCCCGGGCUACCCCGCAGCGUACGCCGGCGGCCCUGCCUGCUCCAUGAUCGUGAACCGGUGUAAUGCUAAUAUAUGCCAGCUGCGCAUAGACUUCAUGGACCUGGUCUUAGCACAACCUGACGGCGACGGAAACUGCGUGACGGACUCCAUAUCCAUAACGGGUGGGAACACCAUCGUGCCUCUGCUCUGCGGAGACCUGACGGGCCAGACUAUCUUUGUGGAUUUCAACGGGAACACCGCAAUUACAAUCAUAGUCACUGCUACUUUGGCAACAACCUUCUCAAGAAGAUGGAACAUAAAAUUGGUGCAGCUUGGAUGUGAUUGUCCAGGAAUAGCACCAAACGGCUGCCUGCAGUACUACACGGGUGUGACUGGGACGAUCAACAGCUUCAACUACGGGACAGCAGCCAACACGGUGCUCAGUGCCUCGCUGGUGACGGGCACGCGGCAGAUCGUCAACUUGAACUACGGCAUUUGCAUUAGAAUGGAAGCAGGAUACUGUGCUAUACAGUAUGCACAGGUGGCCAAUGACGCGUUCUCAUUCACGGUGACGGGCGAUGUGGAGGGCGCAGACAACACGGUCCUGGGCACAGCUCUUGGAGCCGUCAACAACGGCAACUGUCUCACUGACUUCGUGGUCAUCCCCAACCCUACUGUGGCAGCCACUGGCGUGGCCGUCGGCACUGAUCGCUUUUGCGGCAUCGGUUUCGUUACCGUUCAAAGCGGCGCGAAGCCUUUCGUGCUGUACGUGGUGACAAACGCGAACGAAGGAGCGACGGCCGCGACUCCCCCAGACAUCGCCAACAGAGGCUUCUCUUUAACAUACACUCAGAUCGCCUGCUGAAUCUCACCGACCAUUUCAUCCUGCUAUCUUAUUAUUAAAAAAAAAUACAACAAGAAA